ACCUAACCAUUUGUGCCUUUCCUUGUACAAUGUCUUUUGCUCCACAUUCUCAUGGUUAAGCUUGCACGUUCUCAAAAUAAUUGUUAUAAUUAAAUUGUUUGGACUUUUCUUUUUCUGCUUAAUUCGUUUGAUUUUGAAUUCAGGUGCGCUUACAGAUCCAAAAACUUCAGAGUUUGCGUUCUUUAAGAAAUUGAAGGAGGAUGCAAGUCUCGGAUGUAGUUCGCGUCCACUGCAAAAGGAUUUUCACAUAUCAUCUAAGAAGCCUGAAUCCAGUGGCUAUUUCAGAGAGAAGACUGGUGAUGUCAGAGUUGGCAAUAACGGCAACAGCUCUUCAAGGAUCAUGGAGCAAGUACCAUCUGUAAGAACAGACUCUUUUUUCUCACCUGUUGGAGUGUGGAAUAAAUCAGGCUUGUACUCUAUCAGCAACACGCCAGAAAACAAUCGAGAUUUUAGUGACAACUUCAAACCCCAGCAAAUACUUUCACAUGAAGGAAACCAGCAUGCACGUGGAGAAGUUUUCUCUAGAAAGAGACAAAAACUAAGACAGUGUGUCGCAGAUGUCUUAUUUACGGACACAGAGAAGCUCUGUUCAAAAGGGCACGAUGUUAUUUCCAUGCUCCUUAGUCGGCUGUUCCCUAUGAGAACUGAGGAAAAUAAAUAUGAGGAUACAAAUCCAGGAAAAGAAGUGAAUGCUACAAGAUAUGAUUUACCUGAUUCUCGAGAGUUGGAUGAUCACUUAAACGAGAACUAUCAGAUGCCUAAAAGGAAACUUCUUGAACUGGAAACAAGUCCAUACUUCAGUGAUCAUGUGUUGUCUCCUACGUUUCUCAGAUCAAAUGAGAGAAUUACUCCGCACGCCGAGUUCCCAACCUAUCCUUCUCACAACUUUCAACCUCUUCACAGUAUAACAGAACCUGAGUUCAAACUAAGUAAAAUUCCAAGUUUCAGUGCCUCUACAAAGAGUGACGUAACUCUUGGAUCUCUGUUUAACGGAGCAGCAAAUGCUACUAGAUAUGGUUUACGUGAUUAUCGGGAGUUAGAUGUUCAAUUUACAGAACACCAUCAGAUAUCUAAGAGGAAACUUCUUGAACUUGAAUCAAGCUCAUCCUUCAGUGAUCAUUUGUUAUCACCUGUAUUUCUCCGUUCAGUUGAGGUAAUUACUCCACAUGCCAACUUUCCAACUUAUCCACUCAAGUUUCAACCUCUGCUCAGUAUAACAGAAGCUAAAAGUGAUUUUGGUAAAACUAGAACUCCAAGUUUCAUCGAUAAGGAUGAUGUAACCGGAGUAUUUUUUAGUAAUAAGCAAGAGAAUGAAAUCUUUACGGUUAAUCAUUUCAAGGAGAUGGGGAAAUUUGAGAGAGAACCAAUUCCUCUUCUUAUGGAAAAAGAUUUUGACUGCACUGCAGAUGAGACAAAUUUACCUAUCACUUGUAAGUAUAUAAAGCCAGAUAUGCCCCUUGAAUUAUCAAUUUUGGGCCAUGGUAAAGAGCGAAUAUUAAAUAAUACACUAGAUGAAUACCACUUUAGUCCUUCAUCCUCGCUACCCGACAAGCCACAGGACUUCAACUCAAUAUUGGAUUCUGGUUUCUUAAGAUACCAAGAAUUCAAGUUUGGAAAGUAUGUCUAUGAAGGCAUGGACACAAAUUUUAACCAUACAGAAUUGUCCUUGUCACACGAUAUGCAUCACUUUAAUGUGUCUGAAAAUUGCAAGAAUGACACUUCAUGGGAUCAAGACAGCUCAUUCCUUUCACCAUACCAGCAUUGGGUUGGAAGAACAGUUUCCGAUGAUACCUACCGUCUUCAUUCUAACCCGGAAACCUGGCUUCCAUCUUCACUUGCUGAAUAUCAGAGGUGCUGUUCCCUAACUAGUUCCCAUUUAAAUUACCGAAGUUCAAGGUCAAGGAGUUUACAGUUGCCACAAAGGGAAAGUAUGUCUUCUCCUUUUCACAUUAAUGAUAAUUACGAGCCAGAAAUGUUUGGUGAAAAUCACGGUGAAGUGCUUUAUCAUUUUAGGGAAAGCUCGGUUGAAAUAUAUAACUCUGCUUUUCUUCAUAUGUCCAUGCAAAGAAACAAUGCAUGCUCAUUUCCUCUGGAUGGCAGUGACUAUGUCAAUGAACAAGAGCACACACAGAAGCUGCUCCUCUAGAGUCUAACACUCAAGAAUGCUUGAUCAAACAUUACCUCGAACAUGUGUUUACAAAAUGACAUGUCCAUCAAACGUUACCUUUUGGAUGGAAAUUAAUUGUUACUAUGCAGGGAUUCUUGAUAAUUUGAAACAUUAACAGGACUCUGUCUAGACUUAAAUUGCACAAGCAUCUAAAGAGGGUAGUGACUCUAUAAUUGUUCUUUUUUUUUUUUGAUAAACAGAGUGACUGUAUAAUUUUGACAUAUCCAAAAAGAACUUUCCCGUGAUUCAGCAGAAAAAGUUAGUACUUUAUUUUUUUUUUGUGGCAU